UUCAUUAUAAAUCCGUCCAGAUAAGUCACCACAAGUAAUAAAGACGUGACAUGCUCAAAUUAAAGCAUGUGGUAAGAGUAUUUUUUCGGAGGCGUUUCCUAUUUUUCUUAAAGUCGCAGUGUGACGAUAAGCCACUGCCGCGAGCGUCUAUUUUUAGCCGCGCCGGGGAAAGUGAGGAGUGCGGGUCGGUUGCGCGCGCCCUCUAUACACAACCCCUAUUCACUUUGAGGGAGACGCGACGUCUUGUGCAUUCGUAAGCAGACUAUGGAUGCCAUUGUUCAGUGGGAUAGAUUCGGUGUCCAGAAUGGUGGCAGGCGACGUGACCAGGAGGGCGUCCAUCACGGCGCCGUCCAUGCAUCGGAGGCCGUCCGCAAGGAGAGGCUCACUCAUUAAAGGCCAACAAUCGCAGUCACAGGAAGUACCAUGGGACAUCAUCGACCGCUGCGCGCUGCCGAUAGUGUUGUGCCACGCGUUGGCCGUGGUGCUGUCCACGGUGCUGAACGCGUUACAUCUCAGCCAAAUAUCCGUCUUCACGCUAUUUCUCUGGUUUGCCAUCUCCGUCACUGGCUCGCUUUGGUUCUACCACAAUCUUCAGGUAACAGCAGCCGGCAAAGCGGUGCUAGUGACCGGUUGCGACAACGUCCUGGGCAACGCUCUGGCGCGGCGGCUGGAUGACCUGGGCUACCACGUGUUCGCCGGCUUCCAGAACAAAGCCGGCAAUAUCGACGCUGACAUGCUCAAGGAAGAUUGCUCGGGAAGACUCCACACUCUACAGCUGGACUGCACUUCUGAGACACAGAUUCUGUCAGCUUCUCUGUACAUCGUUGAUCACUUGCCAGAUGGCGCCCAGGGUUUAUGGGCGGUGGUAAACUGUGAAUCUUGGUGUGCUCUUGGCGAACUGGAAUGGGUGCCGUUUUCCGUAAUCAAGCGAGCAAUGGAAGUCAAUUUGCUGGGUCCAGCUCGCUUGGUACAAGUGAUGCUGCCUCUAGUACGCCGUGCCCGCGGGCGCAUCGUGCUGGCCUCCUCCAUUCUGACGCACGUGGCGGCCCCCGUCCGCGGCGUACACACCGCUUCGCUGGCAGCGCUCGAUGCUCUCGCUGCUUGCCUCCGACGGGAACUCAAACCGCGGGGAGUCGAUGUUGUGGUUGUUGCCGCUGGAGAGUACACCACUGGCAGCGCUUGGCUCUCCGAAGAGAAGCUGUUGGAACAAGCUCGGGACAUGUGGCGCAGGUUGAGUGACGAGCAGAAGGGCGCGUACGGCGAGGACUACUUCGAACAAGCCCUGAGGAGCCUAGAGAAAUACACUAAGAGCGCGGAUGCCGACUUGACUGCAGUGACCCGCGCUCUGAGUGACGGUGUGACCCGCACCUUCCCACUGGCUCGCUACACCCCCGUCUCCCCCCGCGAAAAGCUCAAGUCUUUGCUCGCCGAACAUAUGCCCCGCUCACUCUAUGAAGGCCUCUACUCUGACUAAAAAAUAACACGAUAUCAUAACGGUUCUAGGAUUACGCACCAAUCAAGAAUAAACUGGCAUAUUAGUUUACAUUGCCUUGCGGUGAAUUAAAACUCAUGUACAUAGCAAGUCACUACAUACUUUACAAUAGACUUUUUGAUUUUCUUUUUCUUCAGUUUCUAAAGGGUAUCUUAAUUUUAAUGAGAAACAGAAAAGAGUAAAACCAAUUUUUGUAGUGACCAAUUAUAUUAUAGUACAUAUAUGUAGAGAUGAUUAUCGUAGAUAUAGCUCAAAACCUAGUAGGUAUUUGUAUAUUACUGAGAGCUAUAUCUUAUUCAUUUUCAUGCUCUCGUGACUUAAUAGUCACUUUACUGGGAUAAAAUAGCCAUUUGUUAAAUGAGGCCAGAAAAGUAGUCAAAGCCCACACGAGUUACGUAAGCUUUUUAGCUGGUGCAAGUUUGCUGAUCAUUUAAGCGGGUUUUUCCCACUUGAACACGUUUUCAAAGCGUCUCGUUAGCAAAAAGUUGUAACCAACUAGAAAUACCAAUUAAGUGUUUUGGUAUACUAUACAAUCCCAUACAGAUUUAAAGACCCCCAUAAUGGCUUACCGUCGUCAAAAUUUUAUCUAGAUUUCAGAUUAGAAAACGAAAAGGCCGCCUGUGAGUGACAUUUUUAAUUACAGUAAUAACACAUCUACAAAGCUCUAUACUUUAUAUACAGUAAUCUACAAUUAUACAAAUGAAUAUUUGAUUCGAUGGAUGCGGUCUUGUAUUCGCGAAGCGAACACUUGUUUUAAUUUAACGAAACUGAUGAAUUAAUAAUUAGUUUGGUUUUAAAUCAUUCGUCUGGAUUACAAUGCGAGAUUGUUCCACCACAUUCAAUCAUAAAACAAGUGACCCGAUAAAUUAGUCCUUAUUAAUUCGAAGGUGGUCACUUGUUCUCAUUACUCACUGGCUCUCAAUCAUAUCUGUCAAUCGCAUAUGCUCUCAUCUAUUUACGCAUUUAAUUAAAAUUCAUGUCUUCGUAGUGCACCUGUUGGUAUAAGAUUGACUAUAAUAAUGUGCUGGAAAAUUAAGUUAAUAUAAAGUAUGAAUAGGAUUUAUGUUUUUUGUGCUUAUUCUUCCGUAUGUUUGUAGACUUACGUAAUACUUCAAGUUUCAGAACUUUGGAUUAUACCUAUACCUAUAUAAACUCGUAAUGAAAUUUGGAAAACUUUGUUUUCUGAAUGUUUAACUGUUUCCUAUUACGAGUAUCAUGCUUCUUCUGUGUAUACAUAAGUUGUUGUGAGGUUAAAGUUACUGACUAAGUAAGUAGUUCACAGAUGACAAAGUUAAAAAUGCAGCAAGUUGAGGCUAGUUUUAAGCGCAUUUAAGGAAACUCAUAUUUUACUGUUGAAUUUGUGUAACGUUAUCUGAAAAUUGUGUUUUUUUUUAAUAAACAAUCAAAAAAAAAUAUGAACAGUCAAUUAUUCCAGCACAUACUGUCUGGCAUUAGUGCCGGUUGUGUCCUUCCUUCCUCAACUCCCUGGAGAGAAUGAAAAUACCAAAAAUAUGUAGAUCAUCCGAAGUGAAUUCUUUAAUUUAACAUGAUGUGUGGUUUUGCCAAAAGCAGACCAAACUUCUCCGAAACUACGGCGGCCAACUUAUCGCUCUUCCGAUUUGCUGCCUACUGACCCAAUUUGGUUGCCCGCGAAAUUAUUUUCAUAUAUUUGAAAUCGAAUACAUGCAAUUGGAUCAAUGUUUAAAAUUUAACGAAUAGGUUUAUUUGGACCGUCGAAAGCACAAGCGUGGAAAAAUGUAACCCAUAAAAUAAAACUAAGCGUUCAUUUAAUAAUGGAUAGCCUAAAAAAAUAUUAAUGUCUUAAUUUUUAUUUAAAUACGAUUAUAUCGAAAAAAGUACGAAAUAAAAAGUGAAUAAAACAAAAACAAAUCCUUGCAAAUGAAACUGAAACAUCUUAAUAAUUAGCAGACAAUAUUUUCGAUGUAAUUAUACAUACGUGCAUACAUACGGUCACAUCUAUAUCCCUUGUGGGGUAGACAGAGCCAACAGUCUUAAAAAGACUGAUAGGCCACGUUCAGCUAUUUGGCUUAGUGAUAGAAUUGAGAUUCAAAUAGUGACAGGUUGCUAACCCAUCGCCUAAAAAAAGAAUCCCGAGUUUGUAAGCCUAUCGAAAUCAUAGUUAUUAUAUCCCUUAGUCAUCUUAGUCUAUCCCUUAAUCAUAAUUAAUAUUAUAUGAUGUAAUUUCUUAUUAAAUCUGUAAUCAAGAAAUUACGACAUGGAUUAAAAAAAUAAUUAGAUUAUGACCUCGAUUUGAAUAAUUGCGAUGUAAAAUGAGCCUUUCUAUCCAGAGUGUUCUUGAUAUUAUCCUAUUCAAACGGCCCGACUGUUACCUUACCUAGUAUUAAUCUUCCAAGUCGUCUUUAUUCAGAAAACAAAUUAAGUUCAUAAUAGUGAUGAACUUUGAUGUCAUCAGGUUAGCUAGAAGA